UGAAACAGAGCGAAGACGCGUGGAAGACUCUCAUCACAGUCUCACCGCUGCGUUUCCCGCCUCACGGAAUGGCCUUCUUCCCGGCUACGACGGUCACUCUCUUCCCUAAUACGGAAAAAAAGAGACGACGAGCGUUUCUAGGGUUAGGGUUAGGGCUAGGGUUUCCCCUCACGCGAAAUCGACAAUGGCGACCCACUCUCUCCACUCUCUCUCCCUCCUCCGCCCCUAUCGAUCUCCCCUCCUCUCUCCCCCACCGAAACCCUUCCCCACCCUUGUCUCUCCCGUGCGAAGCCUCCGCCGCCGCCGCUCCCCUCCGGCAAUCCACCCAGCUCCGGCGGCGUCGGCGGCGGCGGGAUCCGCUGCUUCCUCAUCGGGCUUUGAUUCGGCGGCCGUGGACGAUCUCGGCGACGUCGCCAUCUUCCCCGCAUCCACUGGGGAGCCCGUCUUUAUUAGAGACCUGUGGGAUCAGAACGAGGUCGAAUCCCCUUUCUUUCUCCAAUUUCUCUCCUUGGAUCUUCCAAUUUAUGUUGGGAAUGGCCGUAGUGGCACUUUUAAGGCAUUUUGGAUGUCCUUGCUGUUGGGAGCUUGCUUCUGUUCUGAGAGAUUCAAAGUCAAGAUUUGACUCGGCCGGAGUCAAACUAAUUGCAAUUGGUGUUGGUACUCCUGAUAAAGCUCGCAUUCUAGCUGAACGGCUUCCUUUUCCAUCGGAUUGCCUUUAUGCAGAUCCAGACCGCAAGGCAUAUGAUGUCUUAGGUCUAUACUAUGGUUUGGCCCGUACAUUCUUCAAUCCGGCCAGUGCUAAGGUAUUUUCGAGAUUCGAGUCUCUUAAGAACGCAGUGAAGAACUACACAAUUGAAGCCACUCCUGAUGACAGGGCCAGCGUCCUGCAGCAGGGCGGUAUGUUUGUAUUUAAGGGAAAGGAAUUGUUAUACGCGAGGAAAGACGAAGGCACAGGCGAUCAUGCUCCUUUAGACGAAAUCCUGGACAUAUGCUGCAAAGUUCCUGUUGCAGGAAAAAUUGAUUAAAAUAUAGAUAUAGUUUAUUUGUUAUUCAUUAUUUGAGAGCUCAGAGUUUGUACCAGUAAUAUGGUAAGUAUAUGUAAUACCAGUAAUUUUGUGUUUUUGCAUUGCACACGUAAAAUUAUUCACUGGCCAAUGAUCUGAUAAUUAUUGUCUAUGAAGAGUACUUGUGCAUAUUGAUUUGAUCAUAAUUUGAUAGGAAUAAUUAUUCAUUGGCCCAUUUGAUAUUAAUCAUC